AUUUCUAAAAUUUCUUCUCCCCGAAGGGAUAAAUGCGAUCGUCAUCAUUCCAUAUUAACCCCAAACCAGUUCCUCUUCUCUUCUUUUUAUUGCUGUUCCCAUCCACGCCGCUUUGUUUAUUUCAUCCCCUUUCUUCUUCGGUGCGAUCUUUUUGAAAGUCUGAAAUCAUGUGUGCUCAAGCUUCGCCAUCCGAACAGGAGCAACUCAUUGAGAAACUCGAAAUUUUCAAGAUCCGGGGGAGAGAUAAACGUGGCCGGAAGAUCCUUCGCAUUAUCGGAAAGUACUUCCCUGCGCGGACUCUGAGCGUUGAUGUCGUGAAGAAAUAUUUGGAGGACAAGAUUUUCCCUAAAUUAGGGAAAAAACAGUUCUCUGUGCUGUACGUGCACACCGAUGUGGAGAGGAGCGAGAAUUUCCCCGGAAUCUCAGCUCUCCGAUCCAUCUACGAGGCGAUUCCAGUGAACGUGAAGGAGAAUCUGGAGGCUGUUUACUUUGUUCACCCAGGCCUGCAGUCUAGGCUUUUCUUGGCAACCUUUGGCCGCCUUCUCCUCGGCGGAGGGCUGUAUGGGAAGCUGAGGUACGUCAACAGACUGGACCUCCUGUGGGAACACGUGAGGAGGAACGAGAUUGAGAUCCCCGAUUUCGUGUACGAUCAUGAUGAAGAGCUGGAGUACCGUCCGAUGAUGGACUAUGGGUUGGAGAGCGAUCAUCCAAGGGUGUAUGGUGCACCAGCGGUGGAUUCUCCUGUGUCAAUGUACUCUAUGAGAUGCAUCUCGUAGAAAUAAUGGCGGGUGACUAGAGUACGCCGGGGUUGCAAUGCUCCUAAUCUCCAAACUGUAAUCAUUGUAAAGUGAGCCCCACAACCUCAGUAAUCAGUGGAUUGUGUAUAGGCAGUUUUUUUUCUUUUGCCAGUAAAGAGGAACAAAUUUUGGUUUCA